AUGAAACAAUUCAAAUUUGAUCAUGUAUCUGUUUUAACUCUACCUAGAAGGACAAAAAAGGUCAAACCUAUUGAUGAUAUACAACUUAAUCCAACUAUCCAUUCAACACCAGAUAAAAAGAAUUCUAAUGAUCAUAAGACACUGUCAUCUACCAGUAUAUCUUUGUCAAGUGAUUCAAUUCAACAAAAGCAACCGUUGCAUGCAAUGUUGUCGAUGCCUAAUAAUGAUUCUAAAUUAUUACCAAAAGAAAGUUUGAAAAUAUCGACAAAACGAUGGAAAAUGCCUACUGCAUUAUUGAUUGCCAUGUUCAUCUUACUUGCUUUGGCAGUUGCCAUUUAUGCAUUGCUUAAUACAAAAACAGAUACAACAAGCACUACAACAAUGACUACAACAACGUCAACAACAGCAACAACAACAUCAGCAACGUCAACAACAGCGACAACAACAUUAACAACAUCAACAACAUCAACAACAGCGACAACAACGUCAACAACAGUGACAACAACGUCAAUAACAUCAACAACAACGUCAACAACAGUGACAACGACGUCAACAACAGCGACAACAACGUCAACAACAGCGACAACAACAUCAACAACGUCAACAAGAUCAACAACGUCAACAACAUCAAAAACAACGUCAACAACAACGUCAACAACAACGUCUGUUACCACGACUACUGCACGUUUGCUCGUGAAUAUCACCCAACCAGGUGAUUCAAUUGUUGGCAUUUGCAAUACCAUAGCAGGUGGAUCUACCGGUGGAUUCAAUGUGAGUUAUCCAAGCAGUGAAAAGCCACCAAAUGCUAUUGAUGGUUCAUUAAGUACCAAAUAUCUAAAUUUUGGAGAUUCAUCAUCCGGUUGUUCUGGUUCAAGUUCUCCUGGAAUAAACACUGGGUUUUAUGUGACACCUACGAUAAGUAGUGCAUCUGUUGCUGUUCGUCUUCUUUUUGCAACUGCAGGAGAUACUCCUAAUCGUGAUCCAAUAACAGUAACUCUUGAAGGAACAAAUGCGACAGGUACGACAGCUCUCAAUUUAGGAAGUUGGACAUUGAUUUAUAGUGGUUCAACAGGCAUCAGUUCAUCAACUGAUCCUGGCCGUCAAACAUAUGUGUCUGAACAAAGUUUCACGAAUACAAUUGCUUUUCGAAGUUAUCGACUUCUAAUUACUUCAAAACGUGGUACUGGUAAUUCAGUUUCAUAUGCUGAAGCUCAUAUCAUCGGAUACAUAUACAUAUAA